AUGAUGAGCGUGGCAAUAGGAGAAUAGAUAACAGACUUCUUCCAGAAAUACAGUGUUGAUAUAAUCAUGGUUCAUGGUUCCAGAACUAGAGGGGGUAUAGAGAAAAGGGAGAGGGAAGUGUUUGCCUAAUUAAUUAGGUAAUUGGUGGAGAGAUAGCCAGAGAAGAGAUAGUGGAGCAUGGCUUCGAGAUUCCUCAUAUAGCAGUUAGGAAGACAGUUACCAAUGUAAAGAGAUUGUGGAGGCUGACUGGAGCCAUCCCAAGGAGGAAAAGCUUGCCUUAGAAGAUGAAGAAGAGAGACUGCCACUUGAAAGCCUAGACUCCUUUUUUCCACUGAAGCUCAGGAACUGCAGAUUUAUACCCUCAGCUUUUGGUUGAUGGUUUUCAACAAACAAAAUGGAUAGCAACUUAAAGAAUGUUGUCAUCAUAGCUAUUGGAUUUCUGUUUCUAUUUACAGCUUAUGGAGCUCUUCAGAAUCUACAGAGCAGCCUUAAUAAGGAGGAAGGACUCGGGGUGACUACACUUAGUGUUAUCUACGCAUCCGUGAUUUUGUCUUCCAUGUUCCUUCCUCCGGUUCUUAUUAAGAAAUUUGGCUGCAAGUGGACCAUUACAUUCUCCAUGUGCUGCUACAUCACUUUCUCUUUGGGAAACUUCUAUGCCAGCUGGUUUACCUUGAUCCCUACUGCCAUAAUCUUAGGUCUAGGAGCAGCCCCACUGUGGUCUGCAGAGUCUACUUACCUUACAACGAGUGGAAAUAUUUAUGCAAAGAAGACAGGAAAACUUGGGAAAGAUGUCAUCAACCAGUAUUUUGGCACCUUCUAUCUCAUAUUUCAGACUUCUGGUGUCUGGGGGAAUUUGAUUUCAUCUCUGGUGUUUCAGCAGGACCCUCCCAAAGGAGAAAUCACAAAAGAACAACUGCUUUUUUGUGGAGCAAAUGAUUGUAUGAAAACCAGCACAGCUACAAACAGUACUAAGCACCCAGGAAAUGAUUUAAUCUACACCCUGCUGGGUAUCUAUACUGGAAGUGGCAUUUUGGCAGUAUUAUUGAUAGCUGUAUUUCUUGGUCAACUUCCAAAUGAUUCAGAAGAAAAUGAAGAAGAAAAAAAUAUUCCUGCAUGGACACGUUUCCUGGCAACUUUUCAACAUCUUAAAGAUAAACGGCAAUGUUUCCUCAUUCCUCUGACAAUGUAUAGUGGAUUCGAGCAAGGAUUCAUUUCUGGUGACUAUACAAAGUCAUAUGUCACCUGUGCCCUGGGGAUACACAAUGUUGGGUUCGUGAUGAUCUGCUUUUCGGGUGCCACUUCCCUUUGUUCUUUGAUGUUUGGAAAACUCUCCCAGUACACUGGCAGAAAAGUUUUGUAUGCAAUAGGUUCAAUGAUACACCUGUCCUGCAUGAUUUUCCUCUUGCUGUGGAAACCUCAUCCCUCUCAGAAGGUUGUCUUCUUCUUUUUGGCUGCCUUCUGGGGCAUGGGUGAUGCUGUUUUUCAGACACAAAACAAUACCAUCUAUGGAGUUUUAUUUGUGAAGAAUAAGGAGGCUGCUUUUGCCAAUUAUCGCCUUUGGGAGUCCCUCGGUUUUGUCAUUGCUUUUGGAUACAGCACGUUUUUGUGUGUCUACGUCAAGCUAUACAUAGUACUUUCAGUACUGAUUUUGUCAGUGGUGCUCUACGGAAUUGUUGAGGUCCUGGAACAUACAAAGCCACCUGAGACUUCAGGUUCUGAAGAAAAGGAAAGUCAAGCAGAAGAAAUGGAUACUCAAAGAUGUGAAAAUGACACGGUGCCUCAGGAUAUUUUUUUUUAAUGUGGAAGCACCAAAGUAUUAAAUUGUUUUCUCAGAACAAUUUCAGCAUUGGUCACGAUACUUCAAUACAUCUAUAAUCUCAUAUAUGUGUUCUCUCCCUCCAUUGGUACAGACCACAACUCAUCCAGACCUUUUCAUCCUGUGUAAUUCUUGUCCAUUCUCUCCCAUAGAUCUCCCACAGGGAAUUUGUGCAAUAUUCUGGAAACAUUCCUCUGGACCUUUUUAUCCUGGUGGGAAGGAGGGUGUAGGACUAGAGCUAUCCAUCUAUUGUCCCUUUCUCUUGCUAUUUGACUGGCCCACUUCCCUUCUUAUUGUAUAAUUCUUUGAUUUUUAAAAAAUAUUCUACUUCUUGCAUGUAGGUCAUUAUUGGAAAUGUGCUUCAGCCCACUUUGGCCAACCCCUGUCAGUUUUGAUUCUUUUAGAGAUUCAACACCACACAGCUUCUCUGAAAGAAAUUUUGUAUAAAAGACUUGAGUCUUGAUGCCAGGGAAGCACUUGGCAUCAUUGAAAGUGCUGCACAAGCUUCCAAAUGCAAUAAAACACUCUAUCUUUCUCCUGUUCAAUUCUGGGCCCAACUCAUCUUCUAGCUGUAGUGCUAUGGUAGUAUGUAUCAGAAGAUUAAUGGAAUAACCAUCUAACUCCUUAUCACAGGCUGUAAAAUAGCAAUUCAAUCUUUUGCAGAAUCCCAUGUCUAAACAAGGAGGCUUAAUAAAUUAGACUACUAUCAUCUGCAAAGAGAAGGAUCCAGAAGAUAUACAUGUCUGGUGUGUGUGUGUGUGUGUGUAUGUGUGUAUGUGUGGCAAGUUUAAGGUUCCUGGGACUGGCAACACACUUCUUUUAGGUCACCUCUCAGUCUUGUCAUUGACUUUUGCCUGAUCUCUAAAAUGAUCCAGCUGUGUUUUUUUGA